UAUAGCAACUAUAAAAAGUUUGGUUUCUGUCAAACUGGUACCAGUUUAGCCUUACUGAGUGACGGGACCACCCUGUUAGGGUCUCCCGGACCUUAUACAUGGCGGGGGACGUUGUUUGUUAUAUCCCUUGGGGUAGACUUUCUAUCAAGGAACCACGACGUGUUUGUGGGACCCCUUAAUGACACUCCCGAACCUAUUGACAAGUACAGUUAUCUUGGUAUGAGUGUUACCGCGGGUAGAUUUUUCAGAGAACAUCCCCUUUCGUAUGCCGGAGGUGCUCCAAGAUCAAAAGACUACGGUCAAGUGUACAUUCUUAACACGUUAAAAAAUCAACUCCAAAUGAACAUUUCUCUAGUGCUCGAUGGAGAGCAAAUUGCUUCUAGUUUUGGCUAUGAAAUUUUAGCCGCUGACGUCAAUAAUGAUGGUUUUGAUGAUUUAUUUGUUGGCGCACCCUUCUAUUUUAGCAGGACUAAAGGGGGUGCGGUUUAUAUUUAUCAUAAUUUACGGAAUUGUACAACCACAACCGAUUGUAAAAGUGACUUGGUUUUGAAGGGAACGUUGGAAUCCCGAUUCGGGUUUUCUAUGGCCAGUUUGGGAGACAUAAACCGUGACGGUUACACUGACAUAGCUAUAGGGGCCCCAUAUGAAGGAAAUGGGGCCAUCUAUAUUUAUUUGGGGUCCAAAGAUGGAUUGAUUCCUCAACAUUCCCAAAAAAUACACCCCGAAUGGACUGGGGUUAAGACUUUAGGAUAUUCCCUUAGCGGAGGUGUUGAUAUAGACAAUAACGGGUACCCAGAUCUUCUAUCUGGAGCGUUUGAAUCAGAUGCAGCAUUAUUGUUUAGGGCAAGACCAAUUAUUGACAUAGAAACCAGUAUUGAGGGCAAGGAAUUGAAAAAUAUUGACAUGAGUAAAACGGGAUGCCGAAAAGAACCAGACAGCAGCAAUACAUGUUUAUCUUUCCGGUCCUGUUUUAAAAUAAAUGCUGCAGAAGCUAAAACGUCUCUAAACGGGGUCGUAGUGAGGUACGCUAUUGAAGCCGAAACGUUUGAAAAAAAGUUUUCGAGAGUUUGGUUCAAAAACCCCGAUCCCAAUAUUCGCCACAGUUACAAAGUUGAGCAUAUCACCCUUAACGAACGUAAGAAAGGCCAUUGCUCCGAAGAAACAGUUUAUAUAAAAGAAAAUACGAGAGAUAUAUUAUCACCAAUCAAAUUUCGGGUGAAUUACACCUUGGCUAAUCACGAGCCCCAUUCCGCAAUUCUAAAUCAGACGUCGGUCAAAAAUUUCGAAGCAACAUUCCAAAAAGACUGCGGCAGUGAUGACAUUUGUCAAAGUAAAUUAAUCCUUAAUGCUGCCCUCCUAUUAAAAGAGAUGAACGAGACCGAAUACUUAUUAAAUCUGGGUGGUUUAGAUGAAUUUAUUCUUGAAGCCAACGUUUCGAACCUUGGAGAAUCUGCAUAUGAAGCGCAACUUUACGUGAUGCAUCCCAUUUCCUUAAGUUAUAUUUCACUUGCUGAUAAAUCGGGUAAUAUCAAGUGUACCCUUAAAAACGAUACCGUUGUCGUUUGCAAUCUUGGAAACCCAUUUCCGACCAAUAAAAAUGUCAAUUUAAGGCUCCGAUUCGAGACAAAACCAUUAAUUAAUAAAGAAAAUGAACUCAAGUUCAAUAUAAUCGUCAAUUCAACGUCUGAAGAAUUGUCUGACCAAACCACUGCCAGCUUGACGGCAAUUAUACGUAAAAAAGCAGAACUGAAAAUAAUAAGUGCUGCAACUUCGUAUGUUAUGUACGGAGGUGAAGUGAAGGGUGAGUCUGCAAUGAAAUACUUCGACGACAUCGGUUCACGAGUCUGGCACACUUACCAAGUCGUGAACGAUGGUCCCUGGCGCGUCACUGACUUGGAAGUUGAUAUCCAAUGGCCAUGGCAAGUUGCCAACGACAAGGUGCAGGGAAAGUGGCUCUUAUACUUGGAAGACAUCCCCCAAAUCGAAGGUAAAGAAAAGGACUAUUGUUUUGUUACUCCGAGUCAAGGUGUCAAUGUGCUCAACUUAACAAACCGUUUCGAAAGUGGAGAAGAUUCGCCCCCUGAUAAUCUUCUGGCCCCUCCUUCGUUUAAUCAGACUGGAUUGGUAUCAUCGUUGGCCUUUCUACCACCGGCUAGGAGACGGAAGAGGGAUGUUGAGUAUGUUGUAAAGCCCAUUACUGUUACUGGGAAAGACGGGAAGAAAAGGCAAAUUGUAGCUAUGGACUGCAACAGGAUGACGGCAAAAUGUAUAACGAUAAAGUGCUAUAUUGCACAAAUAGAUAAGGGUGAAGAAGCCACCAUAAGGAUCAAGUCACGACUGUGGAACUCAACGUUGGUGGAAGACUACAGCAAAGUGGAUUGGGUUACCAUAUCGUCCCAUGCUGAACUUAAAAUUCCAGAUUCAACGAUAGAGCAGGACAAUUGGCUUGAUGAUUCAGCCAUGGCCGAGACUUUGGCGUAUCCGGAUCUGUUAAUUCAAUCGGACACGGGUGUGCCACUUUGGGUGAUAAUCGCUGCAGUAGUGACGGGACUUCUGCUGCUUUUAAUUGUUAUAUUCGUACUGUGGAAGAUUGGGUUCUUUAAGAGGAAACGUAUCAGCGAUCCAACAUUAUCCGGAAACCUGACGAAGCAAAACGAACAAGAAACGUUGUUAAAUAAGUAACAAAAGGAGUUUUGUCGCAUUUUUUGCGACUUUAACCCACCAACACAAGGCUACGAGGACAUUUAAAGGACUUGAGUGAUACAAAAAGAUCAAACUGUACAUACCUACAAAUUUUAAAAGAGCGGGACUCCCCUAAGUGGUGAAAUAAAGUGAAGUUAAAGAGAAAGGUAAGUAAAGAAAUCACUUCUUUAAAUCCUUAGAACAGUUGGUUGUAUUGCAACAACAGGAAAAUCCGACGUUUAUGACUUUAGCCAACGAAUUGAGACGAUCUAGUACUAUUGUAAUUAAUGAGUAAAGUACUUAAAACUUUGAGUUUUUAUAAUAUCCCUUAGUGUGGGUCCAAUGCCAAUGUUCAACUGAAGUUUUCAACCUUAUUAUUAUAUUUUAUUGUUUAGCUAGCUAAUCGUAUAAGCGGACUGAAUAUUAAUAUGCAUCGAGUAAUGCUAGUCGUAGUUUAAAAUAAUUUAUUGAUUUUUUGUUAAAACAUACGUAAGCGUAUUCUGCAUUUACUCUUAAAAGAAAGAAACGAAAUCAUACAGCUAAGCUUGUAAAAACAAAUUCCUAGAGGUUUCUAAAUUAU